AUGUUGUUCAGAAUAGCAGGCAAGUUAUUUAAAGUUGCUUUCCUUGUGGCCAACCCCUUAAACUACUGUAAUGGUCGAAAAGAAAGUACCUUUGCCUCUGCCAAAGAAGAAUUGAGAAAAGUAAAAGAACUGACACGCAGACAUCGUCGUUUUCUAAGACGUUUCCGUCCUAGAAGAUAUAGAAAUACUCGAAGACGCAGUAGCAGUAGCAGUGGUAGUAGCAAUAGCAGUAACAGCAGCAGAAACUUGCGUCAAAGAUCUCGCUCAAAUUCUCCCUCGUGUCCCAACAAUGAGCUUCCCUCCGUCAGCACAAAUCUUUCUGACAAGACGUCUACCGAAAGUUCUAAAAAGGAUGUGGAUACUUCUGGUACAGAUGGUAGGGCUCCUUUGUCUGCUGAAGCCCAAGCAAGAAGAAUAGCCUAUAAUAAAAAAAAGGCACUCAUUAUUUUAAAAAAUGCAGCAGCAAAAGUUCAAGAGAAAAAAACAACUGCAGAACUGGUGAGUCAUCUCGCUGUUGUGCCCAAUAUUAAAAAGGACGCGAUUCCCCUAGAAUUGGCGGUAAAAGUUAGUUCGGCAGCACCCAAUGUAGAGUAUACAAGUUCAACAGCACCUAGCUCUCUGAUCACAGCAAGUAGCAUAGCUGAAAAUACAACUGAAGCCAGUUCUCUAACCUCUAGCGUUGGAGAAAAAAAUGCAAAAGUGACUUGUAAAUCUUUAGCAGAUACAGACCCAGAAAAAGAAAUCAAUGAUGAUGAAUUGAUGAGAAGAUCCAAUAAAGUAUCGGCGGAUUUAGUUGCAGAUAUAUUAAACGAUGAAACCGUAAAGAAAUUAAAAGAAGAAACCGAAAGAAGAUUACAAGAAGAAGUUAAUACAGCUGUUCCUAAAACGCAACAACAGAUUCCCACCGCCAUCCCUCAAAAAAAGCAAGAUAAUAAGGAAAUACCACAAACAAAAUCUGGGGUGUUGAAUCAUCAAAAAGAGUGCGUCAUUAACACAGCAUCAGAUAAAGAUGAUGAUGCAGAAUUCCAAAAGAUGUUUCUCGUCCUAACGCAAAAGGAAGAUGUGUGUAGUAUUUGUAAGGAAAAAUAUGAUGAUAGUUCCAGCUGCUCCGAUCAACUAGUGUCUGGCUCAUCUCACUUAGAAGAAACAGCAACCGAAGAAAGCCAAAAAAAGUUUGAGCAAGAGAAGGAGUUUUUACAAAAGCAAGAAGACUUUCUGGUGCUACAACAAAACGCGCUCGAGGCACAAAACGAGCAAAACCAAAUGUUCAAUGAGCUCUUUCUUGAAGAGGCAAAGGAGACAGCUAAUUUUCGCGGAGUCGUCAUCCGUAUCUCCAAUGACAAGCAGCGAUAUGAGGAGGAAACAAACAGAAUUUACACUAUUUGUGGAAGCAUGGCUUGCUUUGCUGCCCUAAUUGCAACACAUACAAUCAUCAAACUUUAA